AUGAUUCGUGACUGGGCUGCAGAGCUUCCCAACGUGCUCAGCGAUAAUGAGGACAGCGGGGAAGAGUCAGGUCCUACUGCUGCGGUUGCUACUACACCUGCAUCAACCGGCAUCACCGGGCCGUCACCCGAUCAAAUUCGCGCUAAGUCGAACGCGUCCGACUCCUCUCGUGCGAGUACCGGGCUGUCUACUGCCGCAGCAGCUCGUACGCGCACCAGCACCUCGGAUACACGCAAGGGAAACCGUACAGGAGAUAAUCUGCCAAGUCCGGCAGUUACGGCACGGCCGGCAGCCCUCUUGAAUCCGGCAGCGUCGGUAGGCGGCAAAGGGAGUUUGACCGUUCACCCUCGUACAUCAAGUAACGCUCGCCCGAAGUCGUUGCUGGCUUCCAAACCUUCUUCCGUCCACCAACGUUCGGCAAGCGCUCCCCACCCGAAGUUGUCGCCGCCUUCAAGUCCUGCGCCAGCCCCUGCCCCAGCCCCACCAUCCCCUGCUGGUAGGGCGGGUUCACCCAUCAGUAUUGACGGUAGCAGCCCCCUGAGAGGCGGCAUCAGAAGAACGCCUCCCCGGUUCAGGGUGAAGGCGCCUGAGUUCCGAACCGAGGAAGUGAUCUCGUUCAACUCUGACGGCGAGGAGGAACCUGGGUUUGAGCUUCCCAACGUGCUCAGCGAUAAUGAGGACAGCGGGGAAGAGUCAGGUCCUACUGCUGCGGUUGCUACUACACCGGCAUCAACCGGCAUCACCGGGCCGUCACCCGAUCAAAUUCGCGCUAAGUCGAACGCGUCCGACUCCUCCCGCGCUAUCAUCGAGCCAUCAACUGCUACAGCAGCUCGUACGCGCACCAGCACCUCGGAUACAGGCAAGGGAAACUGUACUGGAAAGAAGCUGUCCAGUCCGGCAGGUAUGGCACAACCGGCAGCGUCUUUGCAUCCGGCAGCGGCGGCAGGCGGCAAGCGGACUUCGACCGUUCACCCUCGUACAUCAAGCAACCCUCGCCCGAAGUCGUUGCUGCCUUCCAACUCAUCUUUCAUCCGCCAAUGCUCGGCAAGCACUCCCCGCCCGAAGUCGUCGCCGCCUUCAAGUCCCACGCCAGCCCCUGCUCCAGCCCUGCCAGCCCCUGCUGGUAGGCAGGGCUCACCUAUUAGUAUUGACGGUAGCAGCCCCCCAAGAGGCGGCAUCAGAAGAACGCCUCCCCGGUUCAGGGUGAAGGCGCCUGAGUUCCGAACCGAGGAAGUGAUCUCGUUCAACUCUGACGGCGAGGAGGAACCUGGGUUUGUGCAAGAGCGUCAGCGCAGGUACUGGUACCCGCUGCCGCCUAAUCUCACCGAGGUUCCACGCCCCGCCCGAACACGCUCGGCCACGACACAUGCCGGUGAUGCCGCCUUCUGGGCCGUCUUCGGACAUAAAGACUGGUUUCAUGACUGGGUUCGCGAGGUUGCCCAAGAGCCUUUAGAGGCGCCGCCUCUUCCGAGGAACUUGCGAUCGGCCGGCAUGGACCUGGCAUGGGCGCAUUCGGCCAUCUACACGCGUCAUGUCCAGGAUGCUUGCCGCGCCGUCUCCAUGCAGGAUCUCAUGGGUCGCACGCUCGAGACUUCUGACGCCGGCCGCAAGGUCAUGGAGGAUAUCGCUCGCAUCCGGGCGGAACUGUCGGGCGGCCGGCCGAGAACGAAGACGCGAUAUCCAUGGAGAUACUGCCGACUGCCGGCCCUGCCGAAGCCGGCCCUUCACGCGAGGCCGGCCCUGCCGGACAUGCCGAAGCAGGUCCUUCUCGUCAAACUGGCCUUGGACAAGGCAGUUCCUCAGCCCAGGCCGGCCCAUCAAAUCUGA